UAUAACAAAGGGAUACGAGCUAAGAUCUGAGAUAACCAAACACGUGACAUUCUUUAUAGAUUAACCACGUGGAGCUAUAACUGAAUCAAAUUAUGAGACGUUUAUUUCUCACGAUGAACCACCGAUAUAUCAAACGAUAUUUGAAGAGAGGAAUUAUAAUUUUUGUCAUUGUUUUAUUUUUUACCAAAUUCUUCUCCUCUCCGGUUCCCACACACAAUUCAAAUUUAAAUCCGAAGGAAGCCGUUAUAUUCUGGGAUAGACAGGCUGGAAGUAACCACUCACUUAAACAGGCUGAUGAUGUUCGAAUGACAGAGAAACUUGCCGACAACGACAGGGAUGAUUCUUUAGACUUAUCACUGUCCAAGUUUGUUGAUGAUCAAGAUGAUUCCGAACAGAACAGCAAAGUUGUUGUGGAUAAACACACCCAAGGAGAACUGGGUAAACCCGUCACUGUAAAUAUGACACGGUUAACACCCGAGGAGAAGCUGGAAUAUGAACAGGGCUGGAAGAUAAAUAAUUUUAAUGAAUUUGUAAGCAACAGGAUAUCACUACAGCGAUCGCUUCCGGACCCCCGGGACAAAGAAUGCUUAGAUAUUACAUACGGCACAAACUUACUGGAAGUCAGCGUGGUGAUUACAUUUCAUAACGAGGCUUGGAGUGUUCUACUUCGGAGUAUUUACAGCAUAAUAAAUAGAACACCCCCUUCUGUUUUGAAAGAAAUCAUACUCAUCGACGAUUGUUCAACUCUGGAGCAUCUGAAAGCUCCAUUAGAAGAGUUUCUGAUUAAGCUGAAGAAAGUCAAAUUAAUCCGUGCCCCCAAGCGACAGGGAUUGAUACGAGCGCGAAUAUUAGGAUAUAAGGCGGCAGUUGGAGACGUUCUCCUGUUUCUCGACUCCCAUAUUGAAUGCACUGAAGGUUGGAUUGAACCCCUAAUAGACCCAAUAGUCAAGAACUGGACUACGGUCAUGACUCCUGUUAUUGACGUCAUAGAUAAGGAUACUUUUGAGUAUUCUUUUCAAAGAGCCGAGGCCACAAAUGUCGGUGGAUUUGAUUGGUCACUGUCUUUCACAUGGCACGGAAUCCCUGAAUCUGAGAGAAAACGACGCCAGUAUAAACAUUAUCUUCCGGUUAGAUCACCUACAAUGGCAGGAGGGCUUUUCGCCAUCAGCAAAAAGUACUUUGAGUAUCUCGGAACUUAUGACGAGGGCAUGGAUAUCUGGGGAGGAGAGAACCUGGAAAUCUCAUUUAGGAUUUGGAUGUGCGGUGGGACACUGUUAGUCGCCCCCUGCUCUCAUGUAGGUCACAUUUUCCGGAAGUCUCCACCGUACUCCUGGGGGUCAAAGACCAAUGUUGUAAGAAGCAAUAACGUGCGCAUGGCGGAAGUUUGGUUGGAUGAUUUUAAAGAGUAUUACUACCAACAUAUCAAACACGAUCUUGGCGAGUAUGGCGACGUAUCAGCACGAAAGUCCCUACGAGAGAGACUGAAAUGUAAAAGUUUUGAUUGGUUCCUUGUCAAUGUUUACCCGGAACUCAUUAUUCCUGCUGAAGCUUUAUACUCAGGGGAGAUAAGAAGCAAGACCCAGCCAGUGUGUCUAGAGAGUCCCUAUAGAUAUGCCGAAGUCAAUAAACCUUUACAAGUGUAUGCUUGUCACGGAUUGAAGGGGAAUCAGUAUUGGCUGUACACUCGGAGAGGUGAAAUACGCCAUGAUUUGUAUGGUUGUAUGGACGACAGCGGUCAAACAGUAUUCGUCAACAGUUGUUACGGGAAAGGGGGGAAUCAAAACUGGACUUAUCGGGAGGACAAUACAAUUCAACGUGUUGGGAGUGACAGAUGUCUUGAACUAUCAGAAGACGGAAGGUCGGUAUCUAUGAAGAAAUGUCUUGGUAUAGAUCGCCAGCUAUGGAUAUGGAACCGUAAACCACCGAAAGGCCCCAAACGAAGUAUUGCUUCUUAAGUUUUCCAUACUUCAUCAAGCUCAUUUUAUUUCACAUUUCAUAGAACAACAGUGACCAUGUAUAGAAGUUCUAGUUUAUAUGAACCAUGCACAUGUAUAUAGAGAUUAUGGAAAUCACUUGGCUGCAAGAACAUUGUAUAUUAUACCAUCAUUGCAAAAUAGUGUAAAGAGCUACUUAAGUUUUUUGGGUUGAAGAUCGAUUCUUUGUACAUUAUGUUGUUUAUACUUUAUGUCGAAC